UUGAUUGCAAUCUCUCUUCUCUCAAGACCAUUUGCAUCCUAAAUUAUGAGAUAUUACAAAGAAAUUAGAAUUUUUAUAUUACAAAUAAAUUAGAAUUUUUUUUUGUUUGCUAAUUAUUUAGCCCCUUUUGUCAUUUGAAUUUUUUGUGGGUUUCUCCAUAUCCAAUCUAUUCCCCUGCCCAUCAUUUGUUAAAUUCUUGGAUUAUUUUUCUUUCAGUUUUCUUCGUUUUAGUUUCUAAUGUCCGUCGUCUUCCUCGUUGAAUUCCUCAAAAAAUUAAAUUUUGUUGAGGAAAUUUAAGAAAUUAGCGGCUUUUUGGUGCUAAUUAUUUGUAUCUCUAUUCCUAUUUGUGUUUUGAUUCUGGGGUUCUCCUGUCCAAUCUAUGUCCCUUCAUAAAGUAUAAUCCUCGUUGAAUUCCUCAAAAUUUUAAAAUUUUGUUCAAGAACUUUGUCCUUCACCUUCUUCCUUUUACAGUUUAACCCCCUCUAAAAAAAAAUCACAAAUUGCCUUUGCCCCCCCAUCAAAUAGUUCAUCUCAAUGCAGCUUUUGAUUAAUGUCAUCGAGGCCUGUGGCCUUCAAGCUCUUGAUCCUGAGCAAUUAUGCAGUCCUCAUGUGAAAUUGCGCCUCGGCAGACAUAAGUUAAAAACUCAGGUUAUAAAGAAAACCCUGAAUCCGAAAUGGGAUGAGGAGUUCAAUUUCUGGGUGGGAGAUCUUCAACCUAAAGAGAAGCUCAUUGUGUCUGUGAUGGAUGUCAAUAAUGGCAAGUUUCUGGGAGAAUUGGAGAUUCCGUUGUCGAAAGUCUUGGAAACCGAUAAUUUGUCCCUUGGAACUUCUUGGUAUGAGCUGAAGCCGAAGAGGAAGCCAUCAAAGAAUAGAGUACGUGGAGAAAUUUGUCUAAGCAUAUCUUUGUUACAUGGUAAUUCUUCUCAAACAAUAGCAAGUUGUUCUAGUACCUCUGCAGAUGAGCUUACAUUAAAUUUGGAUAAAUCUUCUGAACGUAUGGAAGGAACUUUUUCCUCAUUCUCCACUAUCAGUGAACAGUCAUCUACAUUCUCGGACGUUGAAGGUAAUAAACCUGAUAAUGAAGAAAAGCCAACUCCAGCUGUCGGCCAUGUACACCAAAUUUUAAUUGGAACUAGGCCUUCACCGGCUACUAUUGAUGACAUUGAAACAUCAAAAGAAUUAAUUGACAACACAUUAGCAAAUACUAAAUCUUGUGAGAAGCAAAGUAAUAGCGAAUGCUCAAAUGUGUCAUUUGAUGAAUUGGUAAAAGUCAUGGAAUCAAAAGGGCAAGGAGGUGAAAUGCCUAAGAACUUACCCGGUGGAGUGCUUGUUGACAAAUGCUAUGCAAUUUCACCAGGGCAAAUGAACUCUCUUCUCUUUUCACCCACUUCAGAGUUUUGUCAAAAACUUCCAGAGCUCCAGGGGACUACCGAUGUGCAAAUUGAGGCUUGGGGACAUGAAGUUAAAGGAGAAAAUUUGAGAAGAGUGAUUACCUACGUAAAGGCUGCAACAAAAAUGGUUAAGGCAAUGAAAGCUACAGAUGAGCAGAUAUAUUUGAAAGCUGAUGGAAAAUCAUAUGCAGUUUUAGCCAGCGUGAGCACUCCUGAUGCUCCUUUUGGUAGCUAUUUUAAGACAGAGAUCCUCUACUGUAUGACACCGGGACCUGAAUUGCCGUCAGAAGAUCCAUCAUGUCAUCUGAUAAUUUCCUGGCGCAUGAAUUUUCUUCAAAGUACAAUGAUGAAGAGUAUGAUUGAAAAUGGAGCAAAGCAAGGCCUUACAGAAAGUUUCACAUUGAUCACUGACAAGCUCUCGCAAUAUGCUAAACCAGUUGACUUGGAAAGCACUGGUUCCAACAAAGAGCAAAUAUUAGCUUCAUUGCAGACUGAGGAGGAGUCACCUUGGAAGCUGUCAUUUCAAACAUUUGGAGAUGUCAGUUUCGUUUUCUUUACUAUCAUAGUACUGUAUAUUCUUAUACACAUCAUUGUAGCCAAAACUAGUCCGGGGCUUGAGUUUUUUGGCCUAGAUUUGCCUGACUCAUUUGGGGAAAUUGUGGUGUGCGGCCUUUUAAUUUUCCAAGGACAACAUGUUUGGAACAAAAUAGGACGCUUCUUCCAUGCCAGGAAGCAAGGAGGCAAGGACCAUGGAGUCAAAGCACAAGGGGAUGGUUGGGUGUUAACUGUAGCCUUGAUUGAGGGAAGUAACAUACCAACAAGAGGUCAAUCAGCGUCCUCUUCUCCAUAUGUAGUUUUUACCUGCAACGGUAAAACAAAAACCAGCUCAAUCAAGUUCCAAACAGCAAAUCCUCAGUGGAAUGAAGUAUUUGAAUUUGAUGCCACAUGUGAUCCUCCAUCGAGGAUGGAAGUGACAGUUUAUGAUUUUGAUGGGCCUUUUGAUGAAGCAAUUCCUCUUGGUUAUUCUGAAGUCAACUUUGUGAAAUCCAAUUUAUCAGACCUUGCCAACGUGUGGGUUCCUCUUCAAGGAAAGUGUAUACAAGCAAGCAAGUGUGAGUUGCAUUUAAGGAUAUUUUUGGAUAACACGCGAGGGAAUGAAGUUGUCAUAGAGUAUCUUACAAAGAUGGGAAGAGAAGUGGGGAAGAAGAUAAACCUGCGGUCACCUCAACAAAAUGCAGCAUUUCAGAAACUAUUUGAGCUCCCACCAGAAGAAUUUCUCAUCAGUGACUAUACUUGUUACUUAAAGCGUAAAAUGCCUUUGCAGGGUCGCCUCUUUCUAUCUCCAAGAAUUAUUGGUUUUCAUGCGAAUCUGUUUGGUCACAGGACUAAGUUUUUCUUUCUGUGGGAAGACAUAAAAGAUAUUCAACACAUAGCACCGUCUUUUGCAUCUGGUUGCAGUCCCUCUCUGAUGAUCAUCCUCUGCAAGGGUAGAGGGGAAGAAGCUAGGCAUGGAGCAAAGUCUGUAGAUAGGAAAGGCAGAUUAAAGUUCCGCUUCCAGACAUUUGUUUACUUCAAUGGUGCUUAUAGGACUAUCAAGGCUUUAUGGAAGGCAAGGUUGUUGAGCCCCGAACAAAAGAUGCAAAUUGUGGAAGAAUCUGAUAUAGGAAGCCUACAAAAUGAAGAAAGUGGGUCUUCCUUAGGGGCAGAAAAUGCCAACAUGUCAGAAAUUUUCUCCUUAUCACUUCCUGUAUCGGCGAAAUCAUUGAUGGAGAUAUUCGAAGGAGGCUCUUUGGAACAUAAACUAAUGAAGAGCAUAGGUUUCUUGGACUACUCACCAGCACCGUGGCAAGCCAUCGAGGCCCAUGUAUAUCAGCGACAAGUUAGUUAUAGACUUGACAAGAGUGUGAUUGGUUAUAAAGGGGAAGUGAACUCCACGCAACAAAGAUCUUGCUCAGCUAACGGAAACAAAUGGGUUCUGGAAGAUACGCUUCAACUGAAACAUCAGGUACAAAGUCUCUCCUUGAAACCGACAACAUGCAGUGUUCAUGUAUUCUUAGGUGUUUCUUGGCUGAGGAGCAGCAAACAUGAGAAGAAGAUAGCCAAGAACGUGAUGUCUCAGACCACACUUUGCCUGACUGAGAUGUUUCGUGAAGUUGAGAAGGAGCUUGUGCAAGCAAAAUAG